GCGGGAAUUUCCUACUGAUUUGAAGGCCCAACCCCUCGAGAUUAGAUGGCUACAGUGCAUUGCAGUCUGGACUGCAUAAUAACGCCUCGCGAGUUAGUGUGAAACUGAUGAUAGUAGCUCCUGAUUAGCCAUCCCUUACACCUGAUUGGCUCGGUCUUCGUGUUUAGGGCCUGAUCCGUCAUCGCUGCGCGAUAGUAGGCCUGCUUAGCCACCUCAGGGCGGAACGUAAUUCGUUGCGAUCGUGCGAUUGGCGUCUCCUGCACACGCUCCGUGCCAUCCUUCCUGGCUCGUGGUUCACCCUAACACUAGGCGUGCAACACUGGACCUGAAGCUAGGGGUAAUCAGUCUGUGCAUGUGUAUCAAGGCCCAUCAGUCCCAGCAUGGCGCUUGAUUUUCGAGAUCGGAUCUCUCGCCAUAGCAUUCGCCGAAGAUAGAUCGAAUCGUUCGCAUCGAAACUCGGUUGUGAGCUUCGCAGCUUGGGAUUGAGCUUAUUUUUAGCUGCGAGUGAGAACCGAUGCGUAACGAAUAAGAACCGACUGAUACCAUGGCGGGAUCCCCGGGUCGCGGUCGCUUCCUGUUCGUCUUCCUGAUCGCCCUCGUCGCCUCGGCGGCUCUGCGAAUCUGGCUCGAGCUACAGCGACAACCGGCACGCCAGCAUACCCGCCAAGAGCAGACCCGACAAGCAGCUUGCGGUAGCACUAGUAACGAACCGAUUGACUUGCAACCACGUUUGAACCCUUCAACUGCAACAGCAUCAGCGUCAUCCUCCUCCUCCUCCUCCUCCUCGUCUUCCUCGGCGUCUUCCCGUGGUCUCCUAGCCCCUGAGCCGCCUCUAAAGGGUCCUACAUGGCUCCUUCCGCCAAAGCUGGCGAGGUUAUUCCCCGGGCCGAACGGCGGAAGGGUGGAUCCUUCGCAAUUCCGGCUGCAUAUUAAAGUGCUGGUCUACGACCGCCCUGACGUGGCAGCGCGAUGCUUAAAGGCGUUAGCGAGUGCUGAGUAUGACGGGGACGUGGUAACCCUAGAUAUUUUCGUCGACCACACGUUCGGAAACCGGUCCGGGAAGUCAGCCUGGACGAAGCGAGCGGCGGAUCGGGUUACAGUGGCGCAUUCGUUAUUGUCACUGCUGGAUACGUUCACAUGGCCGCAUGGACCCAGAACCGUACUGUACCGGUCCCAGAACAUGGGGAUUCAGCCGCAGUGGUUGGAAUCGUGGUGGCCCGAGAGCGUGAAUGACGUGGCAUUUGUGGUGGAGGACGACAUGGAGGUUUCGCCGUUAUUUUAUCGAUAUUUGAAAAGGCUUCUUGGAGUGUACUACUUCAAUGCGUCCAACUUUAACCCGAGCGUGUAUGGCGUCUCCUUCCAGCGGCAGUUCUUCAUUGCUGGUUUCAACAGUGGUCUGAACGUGUACGACCAUCCAGACCCCUUCCUCUACCAGCUAGUUGGCACAUGGGGCCAAUUCCUCCUCCCCGUCCCUUGGAAGCAGUUUCGUCUGUGGUACGACAUGCGCCGGUACAACACCACUCGGGAACCCGCCCUCGAGGGGCUAAAAACCACCGUCUGGUUCAAAUCCAAGGGUAAUCGCCUCUGGACACCGUGGAUCAUCAAGUGGGCGUAUGCCAAGGGUAUGUUCAAUCUUUACCCGUCGCCGCCCGGGAAUCUCUCUCUCUCGAUCUCGCACCGGGAGAAAGGAUCGAAUAUGCCAAAGAACCGGGGGGCUGACGCUGCACUUUUGACCCCCCAGAAGCUUGCUGCCGCCCUGGCUGCAGCUGCUGCUGCUUCUGGAGGAUCGGCCACAGCAGGGGUUGUAGCAGCAGGGGAGAGGGGUGGAGCACGGGGAGCGGAUGUAGCGUGGGCGAGGGCGAUCAGGGAGUGGUGGUUUCGGCCGCUGCCGGCGCUACGAGGGUUGGAGCGGCAUGACCUGUGCUUCCGGCAUUUGCGAUGGUUACCACCUGCAAGAUCGCUGGAGGAAUUUCACGCUCUGCUGAAUGCGGUUGCUCCGGACAAGUAUGUGUCCCUAAUAGUGGUGCCAUUCAAUGGCCGAGAUCUCAUCAACAACUGGCUCUGCCACAUCGACGGCUCGGGCGUCUCCAACCUCAUCCUCAUCGUUCCAUGCGCCAGGCUGGCAGCUGAGCUGGCAGCACGUGGGUACGCUGUCUUCUACCUGCCACCUGUAACCCGUCGCAGGAUCUUGCGACACCUGGCGCGAAACAUUAGCGCUGAUGCAGCAGCUGCAGGGGGUGAUGAUAGCAGUGACAGCAGCAGUGGCAACAGCAGUGGCAGCAGCAGCAGCAGCAGCAGCAGCAGCAGCGGCGGCGGCAGCAGCAGCGGCAGCAGUGGCAGGAACGGGGGUGUAGAUGAAGGGGGGACCAGCUUUGGGGGCGUAGGCACCAUCACCAGUAUUGGCAUCGACAGCCUGUUCUGGAAGGAUGAACCGGACCCAGAUGGCUCUAGCCACCCUGGCCGAGAAGAGGGUGAUGAGGAGGAGGAGACGGAGGGUGAUUUUGGGAGUAGCAGCAGUUCUGGUAGCAGCAGUGGGGAUGGUGAUGGCAGUACGGGUAGUACUGUGGGGUUUGGGUAUGGUGGGGAGGAGGAGGACGAGGAGGAGAGGAGGAAGAGAGGGAUGGAGAGUCCAGUAGAGGUCAGCAGGAGAAGGAGAAUGAGCGGCCGAAACCAUUGGACUGCCCGCCACGUGCAGCUUGUACUCACGGCUCUUUCUCUGGGCUUUAACGUGGCUAUAGGCAAUGCUGACACUAUAUGGAGGGGCGAUCCCUUAGCAGCAGAUAUUGUCACUCGUGUCGAUCCCAGCUUCCAAAUGUGGGGUCGUCUGGACGCCGUUGAUUUCAGCUCCUCCUUUCUCGUGGUGCGAUCCUCGCCGUCGACCAUCGCUGCGUGGGGGCAGCUUGAAAAUUUUUGUGCGCGGACCCCGCUGCUGACCAACGUGCUUGCGGGCAGCUUGGUGGACAAUUUCGAUGUGGUGGAGGUGGAAUGUGGGGGAGGUGGCUCCCGGCAGCAGCAGCAGCAAGCAGCCCAGCUGCUAAGUAACACUGUUAGUUUUAAAGAGGCCGGGACUAUCCCCUUUGGCCCGCAGGAGGGGGUGAGGGUUCCCAAGGGGUGGUUGCUGCCGGUGGUGGUGCCUCCGUUUGCUGCUAAGAAGGAAGAUAAGGUCGCACUGCUGAAAGGUGCACGGUUGUGGGUGAUAGAUGAUUUUGACUACGCAUGCAAGGCUGUCACUUGUCGGAAACAAUUCUGAUACGGUAGCAGCGGAUGUGAUAGUCCUGUUUCUUCUCUGCUGGCCAUCAAGUGUCAGAAACUAAUUUCCUCUACUGGCAUUGGCAUAUCUUGCACUUCGUCAAUGGGUGUUUGCACGAUGGG